AAGGGGUCUCAGUGCGCAACCCCAGCAGUGAUGCAGGGUCUUGGGCCGCAGCCCUGGCCGUGGCAGGGGGUUUCGGUACACAGCCCUGGCAAUGAGGGAGGUCUUGGUGCACAGCUCCAGCCAUGGGCAGGGGGGUCUCGCUGUGCAGCCCCGGCAGUGACGGGGGAGCUCGGUGCAGCCCAGGCAGUGACGUAGAGGUCUCAUUGUGCACCCCCAGCAGUGGUGGGGGUUCUCGGUGUGAAACCCAGCAGUGACGGAGGGUCUCAGUGUGCAACCCCAUCGUUGAAGGGGGCUCUAGGUGUGCACGUCCGGCAGUGAAGAGGAGUCUCGGUGCGCAGUCCCGGAGGGGAGGCGGCGGCGCGUGCCCGCGGGCCCGCAGCUGUAUGCUAAUGCAUCGCGGGCCACCCGCCCGCCCCGCCCCGCCGCACGCCUGUCCCACCGUGCGGGCGGGGCAGUCCCUCGACCCCCACCGCCGCCUGGCCCGGCGCGCCGGGGGGGUGUCCGGGGGAGCAGCGGCCCCCGGCGCCCCCCCGCCUGCCGCCCUUUGUGCCGAGGGUCGCGCAGCUUUAUGCUAAUAAUGCGCACAAAGGCGCGCGCGGGGGGGCCCCGCUCGCUCGCGUGCCGCCCGCGUGCUCCGCGCCCCCCACAAAGGGCCCGGUGGGGGGCGGGGAGGGCGCUGCCCGCACGCGCCCCCGGCUCGGCGGCGGCUUCGCGCCCCCCGGUCCCGCCACCUGCGGGGCAGCCCUGCGCGCCGCCCCGCGCCUCCGCGGACAAAGGGCUGUGGGAGCGAGGCCGCGGCCCGGGGCUCUCCCCGCUGCGGCUGCACCUGCCGCCUCCUCGGGGGCUGCGGGCGCGUUUGCUUAGGCACCGACCGCGGCGUGCAAGAGCGCGGGGAGCCCAGACCCUCUGCCUGUCCCCCGCCGCACCUCGUACCCGCCGCGCAGCGUUUCGGACUGAAACUGAGAGUCACCGCUGCCGUUCCUGCCUGUUCCAGGAACCGGGCCAGACCAGUUAGGGUUAGAGUAACAGGUUCGGUUACCACCGGGCCGGGUCUGUGGCACCACCUGCCCCGACCCCGCAGCAGCGCGGAGUUGUUCGGUUAGCAGGGUUGCCGGAAUCAGCCGGGCCCCGAUGACCCGUUCGUUAUUCCUCCCGCUUGGAUAGACCCGUCGUUGGCCACCUGCUGUUGCCGCUGGGCAGCACCCCCGGCGGGCAGCCCCGCUCCCCUCUGUGCCGCCGCCGCCACAAGCGCCAAUUUCGCCUCCUCCUGCGCCGAAGUCCCCUCUCCCCGCACCCUGAUGCCGGCCGCCCCCGCAAACAGUCUGCCCGCCGAAAGCAGACGGUGCUCCGAAGCUUUCCCGGCGUGCAGCCUUGGCUGGCGGGCGGCCCGAGAGCACCGCCCGCUGCCGGCGCGGGGGGCGGCACACAAAGGCUGCGCGUGCCGGGCGGGCGGCGCGGGGCGGGCGGAGGCGGGGCCGGGCGUGUGCCGGUCUGGGCUCAGGUGCGGCCGCGCCGCCGCUGCUGAUUGGCCCGUCCCGCCGCCGCCGGCCCGAACAAUGGCCCCGGCUCGCUUAAAGGCGGUGGCGGCCGCGCCGUGGGCAGAGCGAAGAGUCUCCGUCGCGGCCGCCGCCGGCCCGGAGCCGGUGUGAAGAUGCCCCGGGGCUUCCUGGUGAAGCGCAGCCGGCGGCCCACUCCCGUGUCCUAUCGGACGCGCUGCUGCCGCGAGGCCGCCGCCGGCCCGCCGCUCCCCGCCGGCGCCGCCCCGCCGCCCGCCUGCCCCGCCGCGCCGCCGCCCCCGCCGCGGGACUCGCCGCCGCCGGUGCCGUUCGGGACGCCCGAUGCUGCCGUGCAGGCGCUGUAUAGCCCUACGAGGCCCGUUAGCAGGGACAAGUACCUGGAGCGCGGCUUUAGCUUGGGCUCGCCCGUCUCGGCUGAGUCCUUCCCCGCGCCGGCCAUUCCCGGCACCAUGGACCCCAUCCUCUUCGCCCCGGCUGACCUCAAGCUCUGGGCCGCUGCUGGCCACGCCGAGCCGCCUGCCGCCCAUCCCGGCCCCGGUGGAGCCCCCGCGCCGCCCGCCCCGGCCGCGCCGCCCAUCUCGGGCCGCCCGCUGCCCGCCAAGCGCCCGCCGGGCGCGUCCGAACCCGGACGGCAGAAGGCCCCGUCGGGCAAGAAGACAAAGGCGAUCCGCAAGCUGACCUUCGAGGAUGAAGUGACCACCUCGCCCGUGCUGGGGCUGCGCAUCAAGGAGGGCCCGGUGGAGGCGCCGACCAAGGCACGGAGCGGCUGCGCCCGUCCGCUAGGCGAGUUCAUCUGCCAGCUCUGCAAGGAGGAGUACGGGGACCCCUUCGCGCUAGCGCAGCACCGCUGCUCCCGCAUCGUCCGGGUGGAGUACCGCUGCCCUGAGUGCGACAAAGUCUUCUCCUGCCCUGCCAACCUCGCCUCCCAUCGCCGCUGGCACAAACCACGUCCGCCCGCCACCAAGAGCGGCCCCGAGGCGGGCCGAGCACCGGCUGCGGGGCCGGGCCCGGUGGAGGAGACGGCGAAGGAGGCGAGCGGCGGCAGUGGCAGCGAGCGGGACACACCGAGCCCUAGCGGGGCCUCAGAAGCGGGCUCUGAGGAAGGGCUCUUCGAGUGUCCCCGGUGCGCCAAGCGGUUCCGCCGGCAAGCCUACCUGCGCAAGCACCUGCUAGGGCACGCCGCACCGGCACCCACGCAAGCCCCAGCACUCGCACCGGCCCCGGAGCCUAGCACCGAGGAGCUGCCUGCCACCGAGUGCCGCCUCUGCCCCGUCUGCGGGGAGACCUUCCCCAGCAAGAGCAGCCAGGAGAGGCACCUGCGCCUCCUGCACGCCGCCCAGGUCUUCCCCUGCAAGUACUGCCCGGCCACCUUCUACAGCUCUCCCGGCCUCACCCGGCACAUCAACAAGUGCCAUCCCUCGGAGAACCGGCAGGUCAUCCUGCUUCAGGUGCCACUGCGCCCCGCCUGCUGAGCCGGCCCGUGCCUUCCCUGCCGCCCCGCGCUGCUCCCCUGGGGCCGCCACACGAUUAGCUUUAAUACGGCUUGUGACCUGCUGGAAUCUGGCUUUACACUUACCUUCCCGGGGUCUCUCUCUCGCUCUUUUUUUCUUUUUUUUCUUUUUUUUUCUUUUUCUUUUUUUUUUUAAUUUUUGCUCCUUUGUUCUGUUUUUUUAUCGAUGUGAACAGAUCAAACUGCUCAAGAGAAACGAGUGUUUCCUUUAGUGUAAUCACAAAUGCCUUGACUCUGCUGUUGAUGGUCUCCAGAAAAUGCUGUAGAAACUGCCUUAACUGUGACAUGCCAACUUUCUGGUUCUGUUUGUUUUGCCCUUAUGGUAGCUCAUGCAUUGUCUAUCUGUAUAUGUUGGUUUGAGUAAUUAUGUUAUUUAUUCAUUAUUUAUUUAUAUGAAUUAUGAAGAUUGAUAUUAUUUGAUUGCAGCUAUUCUAAUGUGCUUUUUUGUCUCCCUGCCUGCCAUUUCACUGUGCAUUUUAGAAGAUCUUUUUUCUUAAGGGAUCUGCUAAAAAGGUUUUAACUUUUAUACCUAGAAUAACACAUGAUCUUAACCAUUUUAUCCCGUGCAACCAACAGCUCUUACUUUUAGAUGCAAUCUCUUUUUCUACACACAUUAUUUUCUUAACUGUUAGCUAUUUAUAGAAUGCUUCAAUAGAACUGUUUCAACUGUAUAAUUAUUUACUAUUCAAAUAAAAUAUUUUCAAAUUCA